UUUAGGGUGGCUCACAGACACCAUAAUCUCUUUUCCUGUCUCAUUCUUGGGAAAUGUGUUAGAGUGUGUCAACAUGUCAUGCUGGGGUGACACUGAGCCAGGAGUCUUCUUGAGACCUCCUCUAUAUCCCUGGGGCAGGAUCCCCAUCGCAACAGUUGGAAGGAGCACCAGCUCAGUGAUGGGGAGCACUCAACUGAGACGUAUUCUCAGUAUGCAGUGCUUUGUCCAUGGAGCCAGAGCAGAGUAGCAGCGUGAUCUCGGGGCCACAUCUGUCCAGGUCUCCUGAUGUGGAGGGCUGCUUAUGGGACAUCUGAUAAGGUCUGUGCCCCUCCUCUCAUGCACUCUGGUCUGGAAAAAUAAAAAGGCAGAGGACAGCAGGCCAAGGAGAGAGGAGCAGAGACAGCCAAGAUGCUGAAGCUGCUGCUGCUGCUGGCACUGUCCCUCCUGGCUAGUCUGGUGCAUGUGGCCCCUCGCCCAGCCAAGGAGCGAGCGGGCAUCGUGGGAGGACACGAAGCUUCUGAGAGUAAAUGGCCUUGGCAGGUCAGUUUGAGAUUUAAAUCCAACUUCUGGAUGCAUUUCUGCGGCGGCUCCCUCAUCCACCCACAGUGGGUGCUCACUGCAGCACACUGUGUGGGACCGCACAUCAAGAGCCCAGAGCUCUUCCGAGUGCAGCUUCGUGAGCAGUAUCUAUACUAUGGGGACCAGCUACUGCCUGUGAACUGGAUCGUUGUGCACCCCCACUAUUACACGGCCGUGGGUGGGGCAGACAUUGCCCUGCUGGAGCUUGAGGACCCUGUGAAUGUCUCCACCCAUAUCCACCCCAUAUCGCUGCCCCCUGCCUUGGAGACCUUCCCCGCAGGGACAUCAUGCUGGGUGACAGGCUGGGGUGACAUUGAUAAUGAUGAGCCUCUCCUGCCACCUUAUCCUCUGAAGCAAGUGAAGGUCCCCAUUGUGGAAAACGGGCUGUGUGAUCGGAAGUACCACACUGGCCUCUACACAGGAGAUGAUUUUCCGAUUGUCCAUGAUGGCAUGCUGUGUGCUGGAAAUACCAGGAAGGACUCCUGCCAGGGUGACUCAGGGGGUCCCCUGGUCUGCAAAGUGAAGGGUACCUGGCUGCAAGCAGGAGUGGUCAGCUGGGGUGAGGGCUGCGCACAGCCCGACAGGCCUGGCAUCUACACCCGGGUGACGUAUUACUUAGACUGGAUCCACCGCUAUGUCCCUGAGCAUUCCUGAAACCCAUCCAGGGUCAGGGAAGAACCAGGCCCCUGCUCCCUUUAACUCGCUGCUUCCUGCCCAGGUGGAACCCUUCCUUCCUUGUCCUCUGUUGCCCCCGUCUUCUGGACUUCUGGGUGUCCCUCUGAACCCCCACUCCAUUCUACCUUGAGUCCCUGGCCACUCCUGUGGCCUCUGCCUCCCGCCACACAUAGCUGUACUGUGUGGCUCCCUCUCUUCUGUGGCUCAAUAAAGUACGUGAAAACUUUGCUCCAAGA